GAGGAAACCAUGAGAUCUCACCAUUAGCACACAUCUCAUGUAAAGGACAAAAAAAUGACAUCAGCACAGGUAUAAACACCAAAGGUAAAGUUUCUCCUCCCUUUCGUUGCACAUGAGGUGCCUUCCACUUUACCGAUCUACUGUACAUACCUGAAACUGAACACCAUCUGCCAGACAGAGAGAGACGUAUCGGAUUUAAAGCAGUGAUGUCAUAUCGGACAGAAACAAUCAAUUCUCAGCCUCAAGUGGUUACCAGUUUCACCACCUCCUCUGCUUCCGCAGAAUGGAGCUCCAGUAUUUGUGACUGCUGUGACAAUUGUGGCAUCUGUCUUUGUGGUACUUUUAUUCCCUGCAUCUUGGGUUGUAAGGUGGCACAGGAUCAUGGUGAAAGCUGCUGUUUGCCCUUCUUACCUGGAGCUAUGGUUGCAUUGAGAACCAGCAUGCGUAACAAAUAUCAUAUCAGUGGCUCUGUUUGUGAUGACUGGGUCAUGAUGUCCUGCCUCGCCCCUUGCGGAAUCUGCCAGAUGGCUCGAGAACAGAAAAUGAGAGGCUAAAUAGAAAAUAUCCUGGAGGACAGAUUAUUUUAUAAUAUAAUAAAUAAAUGAUUAUCUUUAUUAUACAUUUGUUCAAAUGAUCAAAACUGUACAACUGUUCAAAUGACCCUAUACCAUGAUCGUAGGACAUUAAAUUAUGUUACAUUCAUAUAAAGCAUCACAAUAAAUGUGGCUAAGUAAUAAAUAAAUGUUUGAACAAGA